AUGGACAAGAAUGAUUUUGCAUCAAUAAUUGCAGAACACUUUAAAAAAACACCUACUUCGCAAUGGUCAUAUCAUGGAUAUUUAGAAGCCAUGAAAUCAUAUUUUAAUACUGAUGCUCCAAUACAGACUUUGAAAACAUUAUGGCGAAAGCGUUUUGUAAAUUACAUGAAGGAUGUCAUUUUGAGUGAGGAUACGGACAAAGAACAAAGGAAAGCUGCAUAUUUUUUGUCCAAGCAGGUUUCGUCCUCACACAGGGUUUGUGAGCUUGAAAACCUUGCGUCACAGAGAGAAGGUUUCGCCCCUCGUCUCUCGGACAGAUUUCGAUUCUUGACGCAACAUGUAGCAAGCUCUUGGAUGAAAAAUAUUGCACUUAUUACUAUUAACAC